AUGCUUUCCGCAGGAGAACGACCUCAGCCUCCCUACGCUUCCACCAUAGUAGAUUCUACCGUGAGCAAAGCGCGCAUCAUGCCGGACCUCGCCGCCAACGGAACCAACGGAGUCACUUCCUCCACACCCCCCAAACCCACGGAACUGCAACAUAUCUGGAUCGUGACCGGCCCAGCAGGGUGCGGAAAGAGCACCGUCGGUAACGUCCUACGCACCGAGCUAGGCAUACCCUUCCUAGAAGGUGACGACUACCACCCCGCAGCAAACAAAGACAAAAUGGGCCAAGGCAUCCCACUCACCGAUGAGGACCGCUGGGACUGGCUGAUCUCCCUGCGCCAAGCAGCAAUCGAUGCGCUUUCCCCCUCAGAAGCGAAUAACUUCCACCCACCCGCCGGCGUGGUGGUAGCCUGCUCCGCACUGAAGCAGAAGUACCGGGAUGUGAUGCGCGUUGCUGCAUACGGCUCGCCCUCGGUGCAGAUCCACUUCGUCUACCUCAAGCUCAAUGAGGAGGUGUUGAUACAGCGUAUCACACAACGCCAAUCACACUACAUGAAGAGCGGCAUGGUGCAUUCGCAGCUUGCUGCGCUUGAGGAGCCUAAGGGCGAGUGGGAUGCUAUCACUAUCGAUGUUGAGGGGACGAUGGAGGAGGUGCAGCGCAAUGUUAUUGAUGCUGUUGUUGAGAAGCUUGCUGAGUAUAAGUGA